GCCUCGGACCACGAACCACCACACCUCGCUCGCGCUUUCUCUUCUGCCUCGCGUAGCCGCCGAGCAGCGCUACCCACGGACCAUCUCGACCGCGUGGCCUCCAUCCCUCGCAACCGUGUGCUCGCUCUCGGCCUUCGCGCGUGCUCAAAGCCGCGCCUCUACCGUCCAACCCCUCGUCACUGCAGCCUCAGCAUCGCCCGCAAGGCCGUGCCGACUUGCGCCGUGACAGCGGCAUGUCGGUCACUCAGCCGCAGGGUGUCGUCUCCUUCCUACCGCCAGGAGAGACGCCGCAGCAGCCCUUGAUCCAUGUCAGCGGCCUGCAUCCUCGCGUGAGCGAGGCGAUGCUCGAGGACAUCUUCUCCGUGGCCGGCGCCGUCGUCAAUGUGCAGUUCCUCGCCGGGCGCGAAGGCGCUCGUGCGGCGCUCGUGCGCUACGCGGACUUGCGCAGCGCAGGCGCGGCCAUGCGCAUCCUCUCCCAGCGCCAAGUCUUUGAGCAGCAGUUGCGCCUCAAGUGGGCCAACCUGAUCCCGCACGCCGGCGCAGGCCACUCUCCCGCUGGCGGCCCGACGGAGCCGGCGCCCGGCCGGCCGCAGAGCGAGCCGUAUGAGAACCUGAGCCUGUCGCCGCGCGUGGAGCAGCAUCGCUCGCUCUCCUUCAUGGCGAGCAACACUACCACUGCCACCACCACCAACUCGUCGCAGUCGUCGGGUCUGCUCGCUCCCGGGCCCAGCGCAUUCGUCUCGGGCGAGGCCAGUCCGUCGAGCGCUCCCACCACCGCUCCCACCGAGGGCGAGGCUGCAUCCGUCGGCCAUCAAGUCUUCGUUGGUGAUCUGAGUCGCGACGUGAAUGAUGCGGCGCUGGCGAACGCAUUUGCGUCCUUCGCGAGCUUGAGCGAAGCACGUGUGAUGGUGCGUCCAGCGGCGGACGUCGGCCAGCAGUCGACACUGACACCGUGGCGAAAGUGGGACGCGGCGAGCGGCAAGUCCCGUGGAUAUGGCUUUCUCGCCUUUCGCGAGCGUCAUGAUGCCGAGCAGGCCAUUGCGGUCAUGAACGGAGAGCUUCUCGGAUCGCGCGCCAUCCGCGUCAACUGGGCGAAUGAGAAGGCGGCGCCGGUCCAAGCUGCGCCAGGCGACUCGCCAAGCGCGGUGCAGCCGUCGAGCAGCGGCGGUAUGGGCAUGCCGCCGACGGCCGGUGCCUCGUCUGGACCUCCGCUGAGCUACGAGACGGUCUUUGCGGCUGCGCCGCCGACCAAUGCGACCAUCUACGUGGGCAAUCUCGCGCCGAACACAAGCGCCAGCGAUCUCAGCAUUCUUUUUGCCGCUUACGGACAGGUGCUCGAGAUUCGGAUGCAGUCGGACCGAGGCUUCGCCUUUCUGAAGCUCGACACGCAUGAGAAUGCCACGCAUGCCAUUGUCGGCCUCGGCGGCCACCCGCUGCAUGGCCGUCUCAUCAAGACCGGCUGGGGCAAGGACCGCCAGGACGCGGCCAUGCGCAGGGCGGGAGCGCCAGCGGCGGCGAGCGCGCCAAUGCUGCAGCCGCCGCAGCUGCAGCAGCAGCAGUCGCAGCAGCAACAGCAGGAGCACUACAUGAUGCCUCAGCAGAUGUACGGCGUGAUGCAUCCCGUGCACUAUGGCUUCAGCGUCUAUCCCGGCGCGAUGGACAUGGGCAGCAUGCAGCCGAUGCACCCGCAGUCCGCCAUGCAGGGAGCCGUGCAGGGCGCCAGCAGCCAGAUGGGCCUCGCUCAGCCGGCGCAGCAGCAACAGCCGCAGCAGCAGGCCAUGUACGGCUACCCGCCAGCCUCGUCUGCGGCGCAGCAGUCGCCGCACCAGCAGCCGCAGCAGCACCGCCAGCACCAGCCGCGGCCGUGGUAGCCGCCGACAGCUGCGCCCUUCCCCACCUCAACUUCAACACCUCUGCGCUCGCACGCAACGACGCCUCUUCUUCUCCUCUCGCCGCCGCACUACACGCCGGAUUUCCAUGCCUCUCACUUGUCCUCGCAAAAUAAAAGCGACGGGCGCGUCUCCU